AUGCCGCCUCCGGUGGAAGAUGGCGAGGACUACUAUCUCCCGCUGCAGGAUCAGCGGGUCUUUGGGGCGGGUAUACGGCGCAAGCGUGUGCCUUUCGUGCGAUCUUCGGAGCAUGAGCUCCAGACGAUCAACCCGACCCGGCCAUUGUCCACACCUUCAGGACCAAACAUAGCGGAUACAUAUCUCUCGAUUGUGCUCAAAAAGCAACCUCCAAGUGCCUCACCGACCACACCUCCAAAACAGGAGCCAUCGCCUCCAGCGCGCACCACACACUCCGCACCGCCCACCUCAGAAGCCAUCUCUCCUCCGCCACCAGCUCCUACAUCCCCACCUCAACGCCACGGCCACUGCGAAAUAUGCAAUCUCCCGCUAGCCUCAGAGUACGGGUCCGGCACAGACUCUGACACACCAUCAUCCCGACCCCACGAAGCCUCCCUCGCCCACCAAGUCUGCCUCCAACACUCACACCCGCCCUCUCACCUCGACCGCACCCGCGCCGGCCUGCGCUAUCUCUCCUCCUACGGCUGGGACCCCGACAGCCGUCUCGGCCUCGGUGCAGCCGGACGCGAAGGUAUUCGUGAACCACUCAAGGGCCGCAUCAAGCAUGACACUGCAGGUCUGGGGACGGGCUUGGAUGCCGAUGGGGAUCGGAUAGCAGCGCCGCCGCCGCCGAAGAAGGUGCAGAAGCUCAAUGCGAAACAGGCGCGGAAGGGGUGGGCGGAGGAGAGGAGGAGGGGGGAGAAGAUGAGGAAUUUGUUUUUCCAGAGUGAUGAGGUGUUGAAGUACCUUGGGGAGGAUGCAUGA